AUGAUGGUUAAAUUUGAAGAAAGCCAAAACGCUUUACACCAAAAUAUUAUUGUCAAAAUGGAAGACUAAUAAUUAAUUUACAAUAGAGAAUUCCGCAGUGAGAGUAUUGAAUCUCAAAACUCAUCUUGCUCUCUCUCUUCUCCCUUCCUAAUUUCCUCCUCCCUCCAAUAAAAUUCUCUUGAUCAAAUUACAAAUCAAUAGUCAUCUGACUUGCCAAAGCUCUUCGAAGAGCUUUCUUAAGAAUAAAUGAUAUAACACAUCCUCAUUUCUUCUUACUCUCCUUAACAUAAAGAUUUGUGCUAAUAUUUAGCAACAUUAAUUCCCUUUUACAAAAAUGAAUGGAAGGGCUUCAACGAUGAUGAUGACAACUACCUCGUUUAUUGUUUUAAUUACUACAAAGAAGCUAAUAACACUGUUAAGAAUUUAGUCCGUAGUUUCAUAACAUACAUGAAAAAGAAAUGUGACUCCCUCAUUAUUGAAUGCAUGGAUAGUGAAAACAAAGAUAUUACCUCCAUACAAAAAAAUUUCAAGAAAUUUGUUGGCAAAUAAUCAAUUAAUAAUAAUUUCCUUUAAAAAAUAAUCUAAAGUGAUCGCUACGGUAUUCAAUUCUAAUAUUACUUAAAAGUCUACUCAUUCCAUUGGUUAGCUAAGAGCAAAAUAACCAAUAAGUAUGCACAUUUGAUUGCCAUUUUCUUCAUCCUUAGAUGUUUUAGCAACUAAACCUUAAUAGAUGAAAUCACUGCAUACAAAAAAGAUUGA